AUGGAUUCCAUGGCUUUGUUUGACCCCGCAGCGCGUCUUCCUCGACGCCUCCAGAGUCGCCUUGACUCAUGGUACACAGAUCCUCCGAAAAGUCAAUUUCAGGUCUACGGUCCGUUAAAUGGAUACCUUCAGGGCCAUAAGUUUACGACCACCAAAUUUCUCGUAAAACCGCAGGCCCUACUGAGGGAAGAGGAUGCGAGUAAUACAGAAGCAGACACAACCGGCUCCGAUGAUGCUCCAGAUGACAAUGACAAUGACGGCGAUGGCAACAAUAGUGAUAACGACAACGAUGGCGUUGGCGAGGAUGAAGAUGAAUAUGAAGAUGGAUAUGAAGAUGGUGAUGGUGCUGGAGAUCGUUCCUUCGAUUCUCAAGGGGUCAGUGUUACCGAUGAAAAGAAAUAUCCUGACUUCACAAUCUGCCAAUAUUGGGGCCCUGACCUUGAUAUUAACCCCAAGGCAGACAUCAUCCGUGUCAUAAUUGAGGUUGGCUCAGACGAAAGGAUGCUCUGGCAGGUGUACCGUAAGACAGUGAUUUACCUGGAGUGGGCAGGGAAAAGGUGGCACGGAGAAGUUUUAGGCAUUGCUAUCGUCAAGAACAGGGUCUCCUUGAUUCGCAAUAAUCCGACAGGCGGUGGUUUUUAUAUGCUCUACGACGGAUGGAUCUCUAUCUUCGACCGAAGAUUUGUGGAAGAACUCAAUCGGAUUCAUCGGUACAGUAUAGAGGCCGAUAGAACCGCAUGGAACUAA